AUGGCUACUUCUACCGUGGUAGACGUCGAGUAUACUGUCGGGCAUGAACUGACUCAACUUGGCCCCGGCAAAGCGGACGGCCCUAGCAGCCACAAUGAGCCAUUGGGCGAGCCGGCAGACCGAUCAGCAGGAAGGAGCUUGAACUCACAGACCGACAUUGGACAACAAGAUGAGUAUCCGACGGGUGCUAAGCUAUGGCUCAUCAUUCUGUCUGUGAGCGGAGUUCUCGUUCUCACUAGCAUAGACAUGAACAUCGUCGCCACGGCCGUCCCUAGCAUCACCGACCAUUUCCACACUGUUGCUGACGUGGGCUGGUAUUCGUCUGCGUUCCGGCUUUGCCUCUGCGCCUUUCAGUUCAUGUUCGGCAAGGCGUACACUUUGUUUUCCGUCAAGUAUUUGUUCCUAAUCGCCAACGUCAUCUCCAUAGUGGGUUCCCUGUUCUGCGGAACUGCGACGUCCUCAAACAUGCUCAUCAUGGGGAGGGCCGUGGCCGGAUUGGGCUCGGCCGGCAUAUUCUCAGGGUGUUUUGUCAUCCUCGUGCAGUCGCUUCCUCUUCACCGGCGACCUCUGUUUGUCGGCAUGAUGGGUGGAAUUGAAGGCAUAGCCACGCUGUCUGCUCCGCUGCUUGGCGGUGUCCUCACGCAGUCACUUGGCUGGCGGUGGUGUUUCUACAUCAACCCUCCCUUGGGAGUCGUCACACUGCUUCUGACUAUGUGGUGCUACUCGGACAAACCCAAGAGUACCGAAGUCGAUCAGAUGACCUUCAGACAGAAGAUUCUCCAGCUUGAUCUGGUGAGCAACCUGCUGUUCAUCCCAGCACUGACGAGUCUAUUUAUUGCAUUAUCAUGGGCCGGGACGAAGUAUCCCUGGAGCAGCGGCCAAGUUAUUGGCCCCCUCGUCGUGUUUGUUCUUCUUCUCGUUGGCUUCAUCUACAACCAGUUUAGACGAGGUGACGCGGCCGCACUGCCUCCUCGAAUUAUCAAACGACGCACCGUCAUCGCGGGCUUCAUCUUUAUUAUGUGCACUAACAGCACUGCAAAUGUGCUCGAAUAUUACCUGCCCACCUACUACCAGACUGUUCGUGGCUAUUCCCCUGCCAAGAGCGGUUACUUGAUGUUUCCCAUCAUCGUCGGUGCCACGAUCGGUAGCCUUAUUCAUGGAACCGGCACAAGUACAUUCGGUCACUAUGGCCCUUUCAUGCUAUUUGCCUCCAUCAUCCUGCCCAUCGCUGCGGGCCUUGUGACAACGUUUGAAGUUGAUACGAGCAUGGUCAAGCUCAUCAUGUACACCGCCUUGUGCGGCCUUGCCUAUGGGAUUGGUUUCUCGGGGCCUCAGAAUGCGGUACAGACGGUGUUACCUGCAGACGAGAUCCCCUUGGGCAUGUCCAUCAUGCUAUUCGCCCAGUCAUUCGGACCAGCCGUGGCGAUCGCAAUCGCCCAAGUUAUUUUCACCAACCAGCUCUGGACUAACCUCAGCGGUUUCGUUGAAGGGUUAACUCGAGGAGAGAUGGAGAAGAGUGGCUUGGGUGAGAUUGUGUCGAGGGUAUCAUCAGCAGGAGCGAGGCAAGUCCUUGAAGGGAUUGAUAAGAGUAUCAGUCAGACGUGGUAUUUGGUCGUUGGACUCGCAUGCGCGACUAUGGUUGGGUCAUUACUGAUAGAGUGGCGAUCGGUCAAAUCGAAGCGUGCAUAG